GCUUCCUAGGUAUUACUUACUACAAACACCUCUCUAGCUCUCUUCUCUUCCUUCAAAACAUGGAUUCUUCUAAUCUUUACCCUAAUAAUUCAUCAUCAUCUUUGAACAAUUAUAAUGAGCAUGAAAUAACAUUAGAAUUGGAAACUAUUAAUAAUUCAGUGCCAAUUGGAGAUGGUGUUUUCUUGAGUUGGGAGGAUUUGUGGGUAAAUGUUUCAAAUGGGAAAAAAGAAAGCAAAACAAUACUUGAAGGAGUAACUGGUUAUGUACAACCUGGUCAGUUUUUGGCUAUUAUGGGUCCUUCUGGUUCUGGAAAAUCUACUCUUCUUAAUGCUUUAGCGGGGAGACUGGAUUCAAAUACAAGACAAUCAGGAGAUAUUCUAAUUAAUGGUCGUAAACAAAGGCUGGCUUAUGGCACAUCGGCAUAUGUGACACAAGAAGACACAUUGAUAACCACCUUAACAGUGAAAGAAGCAGUUUACUACUCAGCUGAGCUUCAAUUACCAAAACAAAUGUCAAAAUCAGAAAAGAAAGAAAGGGCAGAAAUGACAAUAAAAGAAAUGGGUUUACAAAAGGGUAUGAACACAAAAAUUGGAGGGCUAAGUGGUGGCCAAAAGAGAAGACUCAGCAUUUGCAUAGAGAUUUUAACAAGGCCAACACUUUUAUUUCUUGAUGAACCCACCAGUGGACUUGAUAGUGCAGCUUCAUAUUAUGUUAUGAGUAGAAUUGCAAAUUUGGGUCAAAAAGAUGGGAUUAGAAGAACAAUAAUUGCUUCAAUUCAUCAACCUAGUUUUGAUGUUUUUCAUCUUUUUAAUUCUCUUUGCCUCCUUUCUUCUGGUCAAAUUGUCUAUUUUGGUCCUACUUCUUCAGCCAAUGAGUUCUUUGCUCUGAGCGGCUUCCCUUGUCCAACUCUUCAGAAUCCGUCUGAUCAUUUCCUUAAGACGAUAAAUAAAGAUUUUGAAAAUGAUCUUGAACAAGGUUUAGGUGAUGGAAUGACAACAGAGGAAGCAAUUACCACUCUCGUAAAUUCAUAUAAAUCAUCAAGCAAUUAUCAACAAGUUAAAAGACGAGUAGCUGAAAUAUGCAAACAAGAUUGUGGAGCACUAGAGACGGGGAAAAUUCAAGCUAGCUUCUUAACUCAUGCUAUGGUUCUUGCAAGAAGAUCGUCCAUUAACAUGUUUCGAGAUCUUGGCUAUUACUGGCUGCGUCUUGCUAUUUAUGUUGCCCUAGCUCUAGGCCUUGCUACUGUGUUUGCCAACCUUGGGUCGAGUCAAAAUGCCAUUAAGGAUAGAGGAUCGUUGCUAAUGUUUAUAUCUUCCUUCUUAACAUUCAUGACCAUUGGUGGAUUUCCUUCUUUUGUUGAGGACAUGAAGGUAUUUGAAGCAGAAAGGCUGAAUGGGCACUACGCACCAUCUGCAUUUGUUAUUGGCAACACAUUAUCAGCUACACCAUACUUACUACUCAUAUCACUAAUUCCCGGAGCUAUAGCUUAUUUCCUCCCCGGGCUUCGCGGCGGGGCGGAUCACUUCGGAUACUUUAUGGCAGUAUUAUUUGCGUGCAUGAUGCUCGUCGAGAGCUUAAUGAUGACCGUUGCAAGUAUAGUACCUAACUUUCUGAUGGGUAUAAUUACUGGUGCAGGAAUUCAAGGUUUAAUGAUUUUAGGCGGCGGGUUUUUUAGGUUACCGAGUGAUCUUCCUUCAAUAUUUUGGAAAUAUCCAAUGUAUUAUAUUUCUUUUCAUAGGUAUGCUUACCAAGGUAUGUUCAAGAAUGAAUUUCAAGGACUUAGAUAUUCUGAUGAUCAAAUUGGUGAAGACAUUUUGAGAGAUGUUUGGCAAGUGGAAUUGGGUUAUUCUAAGUGGGUUGAUCUUGCAAUUUUACUAGGAAUGAUUAUUGUUUAUAGAGUCUUGUUUUUGUGUAUAAUCAAGAUUAAGGAGAAUGUUAAGCCCUUGAUUGCUUCUCUAAUCUCAAUUCCUCCCAAGAAAAUAGCACAAACCAUGGUGAAUCCGAUGGCUACACCUUUACACACAGAGAUCAAUGAAUAAAAUUAGGGAUGUAAUCGAGCUCAGAGUCGAAUUCGAGUUUUAAUUAUAAAGUUGAGUCGAAUAUAUUAUCACCGUGUUUCGCUUAAUUGAAUAAAAUAGAUGAUAUUGCUUAUUUAGCUAGAAA